UUUUAAAUUUAAACUUUCAGAUAUUCCAAUUGCUACCAAAUUUUCUGGUUUGAGACUUCGAGACUUCGAGUAUCAGCAGAGAACGCGAUGGAGAAUAUCCCAGAACCUUCAUCCAAAGGAAAGAAACGCCAGCGAGACCAAGAGGAUUCCGAACUCCAAAGCAACGAUCUCGAUCAAACUCUAUCGCUAGAGGGAAAUCUUACAUUUAGCGACACACUGGUGGCGCUUCGCAUAAUGCGAGCUCAGUUCCCGCGCAUUCAGAAGGUAUCAAUUCAGCCCUUUGUUUUAAGGUCACAAUUGUACAGCAGUGUAGAGGACAGAACACAAGUGGAUAGGGAUUUAGAGUCACUAAGAAGAGAGAAAAUAGUGCGCAUUUUCAAAUUAAAUACUGGACAAGAUGAUCAUGCUAUAAUGUUUUUGGAUGACUAUCUAAACCAGAUAGAACAUGUUGUGAAAAGAUUGGAAGAAAAGAAGCAGGGUGAUCUUGAAGUGUUUAAGUGGUUUAGAACACAUGUUAUUGAUUCCAAGCUGGAACCUAGUAUAGAACAUCAAGAGCUUCAUACACUCUUAUCACUUGGGGGAAAGGUUAUGGAUGGACACAUCUCCCUUUUAAUCAAUGCUGGCCUUCUUACACGUCAGAUUAUUGAUCCGAACAUGUACUGGUUCGCAAUUCCAAAUGUUGGUUCAGUACUUAAGGGUCUCUCUCAGGGCAGAAAGGAAGUUCUUUCUUUGCUAAACCGCAGGAGAUACAAAGAGAUGAUGUUGGCCUCUAUGGAGAAAAAGCGUCUCCGGUUGUCUCCACUCGAUAUGAGAUUUCAUCUCCGUGAUCUGAUCGGCUCAGGUCACCUCAAAACAGUCCAGACAUCAACUGGCUUAGUUGUUCGAGUCACAAAAGAUUAAAUCCAGGAAGACACAUCUCCUAUUGGAUCCAUCUGAUGAUUACAGAUACUUCUCCUGGUUGUCAAAUCUUGAGAAGAGGUAAAGUUGCUUAUGCUCUGACUGAUAAGCUACUGAUGCGGCAUGCAUAUUUUCUUAUAGUGAUUAAGCGAAUAAAAUAUAUCCAGGCUGGCUGAGAGAGAAGAAAGAAAAGAUGUCAGGCACCAUAGCAUCACUGUCAAGGAAUGCAAAAUGGUUUUGGUGUAUUAGCUUGUAAAAGGAACAUGGGAUGGGCAUAACCUGCCAGAAUGGAUGGGACAAGAUGAGUCUUUGUGAGGACAUUUAACAUGGAUGUUUCACUCUACAUUCACACACAGACACCCUAACAGAUAUUGAACAGAUAUUGAACAGGCAAUAUACUAUUGAUAACAUUAUUGUUAUAUAGAAA